AUCCACGGCCCCCUACUGGGCAGGCGGAGCCCUCCCCAUGGCCGAGCUCCUGCCCCAGCUGCCUUGGCCCCCACUGGCUGAGGGUAGCACCGAGGAUGCAUCAGUGCCCCGGGCCAAGUGGCAGAGCCAGCAGCCAAAGGGUGGCAGGGCAGAGGGCCUGGCCCGUGAGCCCUGGAGGUUCCUAGAGGUGCCCUCCAUUUACAUCACACCAUGCAGUGACGGGGAAUCACCCCCGUGCACCCCGAUCCCCCAACGCCUGCAGCUGCUGAGGACACCAGACCCGGACAGUCUGUCCCAGGACAGCACCACCCCCCACUCCGGCCGGAGUACGCCAAGCAGCUCCCCGUCUCUCCGUAAGCGGCUGCAGCUCUUGCCCUCAAGCCGAUCCCCACCUGAGCCUGAACCAGGCACCAUGGUGGAGAAGGGGUCAGACAGCUCCUCAGAGAAGGGUGGGGUGCCUGGGACACCCAGCACCCAGAGCCUGGGCAGCCGGAACUUCAUCCGCAAUAGCAAGAAGAUGCAGAGCUGGUACAGUAUGCUGAGCCCCACGUACAAACAGCGGAACGAGGACUUCCGGAAACUGUUCAGCAAGCUCCCGGAGGCCGAACGCCUCAUCGUGGAUUACUCCUGUGCCUUGCAGCGUGAGAUCCUCCUCCAAGGCCGCCUCUACCUCUCCGAGAACUGGAUCUGCUUCUACAGCAACAUCUUCCGCUGGGAAACAACAAUUUCCAUCCAGUUGAAGGAAGUGACCUGUCUGAAGAAGGAGAAGACAGCCAAGCUGAUCCCCAAUGCCAUCCAGAUCUGCACUGAGAGCGAGAAGCAUUUCUUCACCUCCUUCGGGGCCCGGGACCGCUGCUUCCUCCUCAUCUUCCGCCUCUGGCAGAAUGCACUGCUUGAAAAGACGCUGAGCCCCCGUGAGCUCUGGCACUUGGUACAUCAGUGCUAUGGCUCCGAGCUGGGCCUCACCAGCGAGGAUGAGGACUAUGUCUGCCCCUUGCAGCUGAAUGGUCUAGGGAGCUCCAAGGAUGUGGGAGACGUGAUCGCCCUGAGUGACAUCACCCCCUUGGGGGCAGCCGACAACAGCCAAGAGCCGAGCCCGGUGGGCUCGCGCCGUGGUCGCAUCACCCCCAACCUUUCCCGAGCCAGCAGCGAUGCAGACCAUGGGGCAGAGGAGGACAAGGAGGAGCAGACGGACAGCCAGCCAGAUGCCUCCUCCAGCCAGACCGUGACCCCGGUGGCCGAACCACCAAGCACUGAGCCGACCCCACCUGAGGGGCCCACCUCCCUGGGCCCCUUGGACCUGCUGCGCAGUGAGGAGCUGUUGUCGGACACGAGCAACUCUUCCUCGUCCACAGGGGAAGAAGCUGACCUGGCCGCCCUUCUGCCCGACCUCUCCGGCCGGCUCCUCAUCAACUCCGUCUUCCACGUGGGAGCCGAGCGGCUGCAGCAGAUGCUUUUCUCAGACUCGCCCUUCCUGCAGGGCUUCCUGCGGCAGUGCAAGUUUACAGAUGUGACCUUGAGUCCCUGGAGUGGCGACAACAAGUGCCACCAGCGCCGAGUGCUGACAUACACCAUCCCCAUCAGCAACCCCCUGGGCCCUAAGAGCGCCUCCGUGGUGGAGACACAGACACUGUUCCGGCGCGGCCCCCAGGCGGGCGGCUGCGUGGUGGACUCCGAGGUGCUGACCCAGGGCAUCCCGUACCAGGACUACUUCUACACUGCCCACCGCUACUGCAUCCUGGGCCUUGCCCGCAACAAGGCCCGGCUGCGGGUGUCCUCUGAGAUCCGCUACCGGAAGCAGCCCUGGAGCCUCGUGAAGUCCCUCAUCGAGAAGAACUCCUGGAGCGGCAUUGAAGAUUACUUCCACCACCUGGAGCGGGAGCUUGCCAAGGCGGAGAAGCUGUCCCUGGAGGAAGGCGGGAAGGACACGCGCGGACUGCUGUCAGGCCUGCGGCGACGCAAGCGGCCCCUGAGCUGGAGGGGUCACGGCGACGGGCCCCAGCACCCGGACCCAGACCCCUGCGCCCGGGCGGGCAUGCACACCUCAGGUUCCCUCAGCUCUCGCUUCUCGGAACCGUCCGUGGACCCAGGCCCCGGGGCAGGCGUCCCCAGCGCCCUGGUUCUCAUCAGCGUGGUCCUCAUCGUCCUCAUCGCCCUCAAUGUCCUCCUCUUUUACCGCCUCUGGUCCCUGGAGAGGACGGCCCACACCUUCGAGUCCUGGCACAGUCUGGCCCUGGCCAAGGGCAAGUUCCCCCAGACGGCCACGGAGUGGGCAGAGAUCCUCGCCCUCCAGAAGCAGUUCCACAGCGUCGAGGUGCACAAGUGGAGGCAGAUCCUGCGGGCGUCCGUGGAACUCCUCGACGAGAUGAAGUUCUCGCUGGAGAAGCUGCAUCAAGGCAUCACUGUCUCGGACCCUCCCUUCGACUCCCAGCCACGGCCUGAUGACAGCUUCUCCUGAGGAACCCCAGCCCCAUGGCCGACCCCCCUAAUGGACAGACGGACACAGAGCCUCGGUGGCCACUGCUGGCACGGUGUGAGCGCCGGGAGCCUCCCGCCCACCCCUCCCCGUGGCCCAGCCAGGGGCCACACAGACAUGGGGACCACAGAACGGAGAUGCACUUUAGACCAGCGUGUGCAAGUCCAGCUGCCAUCACCGGCCCAGCCAGGGAGCUGGCCUGGCCCCCCGCUAACUUAUUUUGCCCAGCUGGGGUUGUGGGGGGCGCCUCUGGGGUGCACGAUUCCCUCAGCUCUGGGUUUAAUGUAUUAUAUUUAUUUGGGGCCGACGGAAAGCCCCAAUAAAGGGUUGGAAACA